GGAACUUGCUGACUGCGCGACCGGGAGGAGCCGAGCCGAGCCGAGCGGGGCGGCGGGAGGCUGAGCGCGCGGGGGGCUCCCGCGUCCCUGCGCCUCGGCCGGCGGAGCGCCCACCCCACCGUGGCUCCCGGAGCGCGGGGCGGCGCCACCCUCCGGCCGCAGCGCGGCACUGCACGGCCGCCUGCGACUUUCGAUGUUCCACACUCCCGGGCCGGAGCCUCGGCGGCGGCUUUUUUUCCCGCCCCCCCGGUCCCCCCCCCAGGCUGCCUCCAUUUCCUCAAGGAAGGUUCCUCGGCGCUCUCCCUCCCCCACAGCGUAGCGGCGCACGAGCGGGCCGGGCGGGCGGCCGAGAAGUUUUUCCCAGAGAUAACUUCACCAAGAUGUCCAGUGAUAGGCAAAGGUCGGAUGAUGAGAGCCCUAGCACCAGCAGUGGUAGUUCAGAUGCAGACCAGCGAGACCCUGCCGCUCCAGAGCCUGAGGAACAGGAAGAAAGAAAACCUUCUGCCACCCAGCAGAAGAAAAACACCAAACUCUCUAGCAAAACGACUGCUAAGUUAUCCACUAGUGCUAAAAGAAUUCAGAAGGAGCUAGCUGAGAUCACCCUUGAUCCUCCUCCUAACUGCAGUGCUGGGCCUAAAGGAGAUAACAUUUAUGAAUGGAGGUCAACUAUACUUGGUCCACCAGGUUCUGUGUAUGAAGGUGGUGUUUUUUUUCUGGAUAUCACAUUUUCUUCAGAUUAUCCAUUUAAGCCACCAAAGGUUACCUUCCGCACCAGAAUCUACCACUGCAACAUCAACAGUCAGGGAGUCAUCUGCCUGGAUAUUCUGAAAGACAACUGGAGUCCCGCUUUGACUAUUUCAAAGGUUUUGCUCUCUAUUUGUUCCCUUUUGACAGAUUGCAACCCUGCGGACCCUCUGGUUGGAAGCAUAGCCACUCAGUAUUUGACCAACAGAGCAGAACACGACAGGAUAGCCAGACAGUGGACCAAGAGAUACGCAACAUAAUUCACAUAAUUUGUAUGCGGUGUGAAGGAGCAGAAGGCCUCUUCCCACUGUGCUGCGGAUCUUUAUAGCCUUUACAAUACGGACUUCUGUGUAUAUGUUAUACUGACUCUACUCUUGCCUUUAUCUCUGGAGACUGGGAGACCCCCAAAAGGUAAAUGCUACCAAGAGUAGAACUUCGUAGCUGUAGAUUAGUUACGUUUAAAAUGCCUACUUGCAAGUCUUGCUUCUUUGGGAUAUCAAAAUGUAUUUUGUGAUGUACUAAGGAUACUGGUCCUGAAGUCUACCAAAUAUUAUAGUGCAUUUUAGCCUAAUUCAUUAUCUGUAUGAAGUUAUAAAAGUAGCUGUAGAUGACUAGGAAUUAUGUCAUUUGUAUUAAGCCCAGAUCUAUUUCUGAGUAUGUGGUUCAUGCUGUUGUGAAAAUGUUUUACCUUUGUCAGUUUGUAAUGAAAGGAUUUCCUUCUACCCUUUGUAGCUCAGAGAGCACCGAUGUAUCAUCUCAAACACAAUAAACAUGCUCCUGAAGGCAGAGUUUCUUGUCAUAAUGUUGAAAGUCUUGUCAGAAGGUGUGUCUGAGAUGAUUGUUGAUGAAAUAAGGAUGUGGCUAUGAAGAUUGAUUAUUAAGGACUAGUACAAAUGAAUGAAUUAUUAAAUCGAAAACAUUUAAAAAUCU